GACGACACUCAGGCAGGGGCAGCACCGAGAAAACCUGACCAGAGGCCCGGCCGCGCCGGAGCUGGUGGGAGCCAGACCAAAAGCUCCCUCGGCUGCCCCUUCCCUGGGCCAGGUCAUGCGCUGCCCCAAGUGUCUGCUCUGCCUGUCAGCAUUGCUCACGCUCCUGGGCCUCAAAGUGUACAUCGAGUGGACCUCCGAAUCCCGGCUUAGCAAGGCCUACCCAGGACCCCGGGGUACGCUGUCAGGCCCCACAUCAGCCAGCACUGAGCCCACCCUGCCUGCCAAUCUCUCAGCCCGCCUGGGCCAGACUGGCCCACUGCCUUCAGCUUAUUGGAACCAGCAGCAGUGGCGGCUGAGAGCCCUGCCCAGUGAGAACAGUGCUGAGGCAGGGGGCUGCCAGGCUUGGGGAGCUGCUGCUGCUGCUGAGAUCCCAGACUUCACCUCCUACCCUGAGGACCUCCGUCGCUUCUUGCUGUCAGCAGCCUGCCGGAGCUUCCCACAGUGGCUGCCUGAAGGCAGCCAAGUAGCCAGCUGCUCAGACACUAACGUCCCCUUCCUGCUGUUGGCUGUCAAGUCGGAACCAGGACGCUUUGCAGAACGACAGGCCGUGAGGGAGACGUGGGGCCGUCCAGCUCCUGGGAUUCGGCGGCUCUUCCUGCUGGGGUCCCCAGUGGGUGAGGGGGGCCCUGACUUGCGCUCACUGGUGGCCUGGGAGAGCCGUCGCUACAAUGACCUGCUGCUCUGGGAUUUCCUUGACGUCCCCUACAACCGGACGCUCAAAGACCUGCUGUUGCUGGCCUGGCUGGGCCACCACUGUCCGGAGGUGAAUUUUGUCCUGCAAGCUCAGGACGAUGCUUUUGUACACAUGCCCGCCCUGCUGGAUCACCUGCAGGCCCUGCCGCCCACCUGGGCCCGAAGUCUCUACCUGGGUGAGGUCUUCACCCAGGCCAAGCCCCUCAGGAAGCCUGGGGGACCCUUCUAUGUGCCCGGGUCCUUCUUUGAAGGUGGUUACCCAGCCUAUGCGAGUGGGGGUGGCUACGUCAUCGCGGGGCGCCUGGCUCCUUGGCUGCUGCAGGCGGCAGCCCGCGUGGCACCCUUCCCGUUCGAUGAUGUCUACACAGGCCUUUGCUUCCGAGCCCUGGGUCUAGUACCACGGACACACCCAGGCUUCCUCACAGCCUGGCCGGCAGACCGCACCACAGACCCCUGUACACUCCGAGACCUGCUGCUGGUGCGGCCCCUCAGCCCCCAAGACAGCAUUCGGCUCUGGAGACAGCUGCAGGAGCUGCAGCCACAGUGCUGAGCCUUGCGAGAAGGGGCUAACCUGGUCUGCCCCCGCCUGCAGGUCUUGGUGUGAGGGUGCAGGUCCUGGAUCCUGGACUGCUUGAGC